CUUUUGUCUGUGUUCAGAAGCACAGCUGCAGCGAGGCUCCUUCGCCGCUAGGGGGCAGUGAGUGACGCCGCGCCGCGUCUGCUCCACUUCCGCUCGGCCUGCUGCUCUCUCUUUCUCUUCCGCUCUCCGGUUCAUCAUGGGCCGCGUCAGGACCAAGACGGUGAAGAAGGCCGCUCGGGUGAUCAUCGAGAAGUACUACACGCGGCUGGGCAGCGACUUCCACACCAACAAGCGCGUGUGCGAGGAGAUCGCCAUCAUCCCCAGCAAGAAGCUGCGCAACAAGAUCGCGGGGUACGUCACACACCUGAUGAAGCGCAUCCAGAGAGGGCCGGUCAGGGGCAUCUCCAUCAAGCUGCAGGAGGAGGAGCGCGAGCGCAGGGACAACUACGUGCCCGAGGUCUCGGCUCUGGACCAGGAGAUCAUCGAGGUCGACACCGACACCAAGGAGAUGCUCAAGCUUCUGGAUUUCGGCAGCCUGUCCAAUCUUCAGGUGACUCAGCCUCCCGUCGGCAUGAACUUCAAGACCCCUCGCGGCGUCUAGACAUUUGUAAUAUAUCUCUUAAUAAAAUUGUUGGAAAAAACCAA